AGCGCCAGGCGGGCGAGCGAGAGAGCGGGUGGGCGGCUGGCUGCCGGCGGCGGGGAGGGGGCGGCGGGCGAGCCCCGGGCCAGCCCUGGCCACCAUGACCAGCGCGCUGCUGAGGAGGAACUCCAGCAAGCAGGGCCUGCAGAACCUGAUCAGGCUGACGGCACAGUGGAGCGUGGAGGACGAGGAGGAAGCGGCGAGGGAGCGGCGGCGGCGGGAGCGGGAGAGGCAGCUGAGGUCCCAGGCAGAAGAGGGCUUCAAUGGCAGCAGCUCCUGCUCGGAGAGUGUGGGACCCGCACAGGAAAACCACUAUGACUUUAAGCCAUCUGGGACUUUGGAACUGGAGGAGGAUGAAGGUUUCAGUGACUGGUCCCAGAAGCUCGAGCAGCGCAAACAGAGGUCUUCACGACAGUCAUAUGAAGAAGAGGACAGUGGUGUGAGGGAAGCUGAAGUCAAAAUGGAGCAGAUCCAGCUGGAUCACGAAAGCCUGGAGGAGAUCCGGGAGGAGAAUGUGAUUAUCAGAGAGGAAGAGAGGCUGCACCAGGAGGAAGAACAGGUCCAAGAGCAGGAGGAAGAGGAGAGAGCUGAGCAAGAGGAGAAGAAGAGAAGGAGAAAUGCAGAAGAAGAAACAUCAGAAAAACGUCAGAAGGCCUCAAGCCCCACCAGCCUGGAGGAGGAAGACCUGUGCUCUGACCACACCGCAAUGUCCUCCACCAAGAUCACGGACAGAACCGAGUCACUGAACCGCUCAAUAAAGAAAAGUAACAGUGUAAAGAAGACUCAAUCUCCCCUCCCUGUGUCGAAGAUCGAUGACAGGCUGGAGCAGUACACACAGGCUAUUGAGACAUCCACAAAGGCUCCAAAACCUGUCCGACAGCCCUCUCUUGACCUUCCCACCACAAGCAUGGUUGUAGCCAGCACGAAAAGCCUCUGGGAGACGGGAGAAGUCGCAGCACAGUCUGCAGUGAAGUCCUCAUCCUGUAAGGAUAUCGUGGCUGGAGACAUCGUGAGUAAGAGAAGCCUUUGGGAACAGAAAGGCAAUCCCAAACCCGAGACCAAUGUCAAGUCCAAUCCUGGCAAAAAGUAUAAAUUUGUUGCAACAGGCCAUGGCCAGUACAAGAAGGUGUUGAUAGAUGAUGCUGCAGAGCAAUAGCACGCCCAGAGAACUCAUUAACCAGCUGAGCUUGGUCCUGGCUCGAUGCAACUCUCAGUGCCACUAUUUCCUCUGCUCCUCAGAAGAUAAUUGAAGGAUAAUUCUCCUCUUCUGCCUGAUGUCAGUCUGCUUUGGUACAUCGUGACUGCUUUUGAGGUGUCAGCAAUGCUUCAUGCUGCCUCUGGUUGGAUGAAAGGAACUAGAUCAUCUGGCAAAACCCACCCCCAUUUCAACUUUCUCUGUGACUCUUUGGCUAAAUGUUUCUACGGUUUUUGUUGUUGAUUUUUUAUCUGUCUCUGCUAUGGAGAUGGGAGGCUGUGACUCUGUUCUCUCUCUUCUUUAUCAAGUGUUGGAAGAGAGGGAUGUGCUGCCCUGCUCAGUUGGCAGAGCUUUUGCUACAUGAUGAAGAAUUUCUGCUGUGGCUCUUGGCUGCUAGGUGAUGGGAGAGAGGGAGCUCAGCAGCUUCUGGUAGAAGAAUUAGUCUUUGAAAUGAGGGCAGUGUCCUGAGUGUGAGGAGAUGGCAAGGACCCCUUGUCACCCUGUUGGUACCAGCUGUGGGUAAAAUCUUACCCUGUUUACAAUGCAGCCUCUGUCCGUCUACAUCAUCCAUCUGCUGCUGUCUGUACCUCAAAUCACAUUCAACUUAGUCCUGUGUUUUUCUUUAGUUCUCAGGUCAUCCUUUAAUCAGUUACAUACCCAUGCCAGAAUGUUCCUGCCACUUCUCUGCCUCAACAGUGGCAGCAGCAGCUUUGUCUCAAAUGGUUGCUGCCGCCAUCUCCCUCUCUCAUGCAGACUGGAGGUCUCCUUGCCUAGGUGAGGAGUGUUGCCCACUGGUAUCAUCUCUCUUCUCUGGGGAAAGGGAUAUGCUUGUUUUCUAACCCGUGGGCUCCAGUGCCAGCGAUUGAAACACUUCUUGUGAAUGUCAGAGGUGGUGGGCAUGUCAACAACCUGCCUGCUGCACUCUGGGAGAUGGGUGGGAUGUCUGCAAAUUUGCUACUGCUCUUAUGCUGGAAGCUGCUGUAGUGAAAAGGCAUCCCAGUUUGUUAUUGGGGCAGGUCAGGGCUUGUUGUGAGCGUGAGUAAGCUGAGCCCCAGUGACACUCUGGCCUGGGGCCUGAACUCCAUAGAUCAGUUCCCAGGGCUGUUUCUGAACUCUCACAUCUUCAUACUUCAUGAUGUUAGCAUGUCCCCCAUCCCUUCAAUAAAGUCUUACUCCUACCCUCUUCCCACAUCAAUAUGAUUUUGCAACUUGUUUCUCCUGGAGAGGAGGGCAGGUUCUCUCUCCUCCUGCAUCAGUGUGCUUUCUGCUUUAAAUUUACUCAUCCUGGAUUUUUUUUGGUAAGCAUUUAAUAAAAUUUGAAGAUGUUGUAGCAAUGGCAA